AUAAUAUUUCGUCAUACCAUCUGUUUAAAUACCACAAAGUCCGUAUAGAAGAAACACAUUUUCGAACUAAGACCAUGUCUAGGUUUAGUGGUGCUUUACAGCUCACCGAUAUAGACGACUUUAUCACGCCCUCUCAGGAGUGCAUAAAGCCGACGCCAAAAAUUCAGACAAAAUCGAAGACUGGAGCUAAAAUUACAGUGCAUGCAGACAGCUGCUAUGAGGAGUCUGAGAGUGGAAAACAACAGCUUCAAAAGGUGGCAAUCACCCUUCAAGACUGCUUGGCUUGUUCUGGAUGCAUCACUUCCGCCGAAGGAGUACUCAUCACACAGCAGAGCCAGGAAGAGUUACUUAAAGUUCUUCGUGAGAAUUCAGAAAAAAAGACCACGGGGGACCGUCAAAAUGUGCGUACCAUAGUAUUCACUGUGGCCACCCAGCCUCUGUUAAGCUUAGCCCAUCGCUACAAGUUGGGGGCAGAGGAUGCAGCGCGCCAUUUAAGCGGAUACCUUCGCAAUUUGGGAGCCGACUAUGUUUUGAGCACUAAAGUUGCCGACGAUAUGGCGUUGCUUGAGUGCCGUCAAGAAUUUAUAGAACGCUACCGUGAAAAUUCAAGUGUGACCAUGCUUAGCUCUUCUUGCCCUGGAUGGGUGUGUUAUGCAGAAAAGACUCAUGGAAAUUUUAUACUGCCUUACGUUGCCACUACUCGAUCGCCACAGCAAAUAAUGGGAGUUUUGGUCAAGCAGUUCUUGGCUCAGAAGCUAGGUAUACCUGGGUCUAGCAUCUACCACGUGACCGUGAUGCCCUGCUAUGACAAAAAACUGGAGGCUUCCCGUGCGGACUUCUUUAAUGAAGUAAACAACUCUCGAGAUGUGGACUGCGUAAUAACAUCAGUUGAGGUAGAGCAGAUGCUGGAUGAAGGCGAGAGGACGUUGUCACAGUAUGAUCCCGAUGAUCUAGACUGGCCCUGGUCUGAUGUCAAGCCAGAUAAAAUGGUUUGGGCCCACGAAACGACGUUGUCCGGCGGCUUUGCUGAACACAUUUUCAAGUUCGCUGCUCGAGAGCUUUUUAACGAAGCCCUACCGAAACAGUUGGAAUUCAAGCAACUCAGAAAUCGCGACUUUCAAGAGAUAGUUCUUGAAAAGGAUGGUAAGAGUGUCCUUAAGUUUGCUAUUGCUAACGGUUUUCGGAACAUUCAGAACCUGGUGCAAAAACUGAAGCGGGGAAAAGGUGCGAACUAUCAUUUUGUGGAGGUCAUGGCAUGUCCUUCAGGAUGUAUAAAUGGAGGUGCGCAGGUACGCCCCUCCACCGGCCAGCACGUUCGCGAGCUUACCCAGCAACUGGAGGAACUGUAUCAGAAGCUUCCACGUUCCCAGCCUCAGAACGCCCUUACAAAUUAUAUUUAUCAAGAUUUUUUGGACGGAUUUUGUACAGACAAAUCCCAUGACCUGCUUCACACCAGUUACCAUGCUGUAGAAAAGCUUAGCACGCCUCUAAACAUUAAGUGGUAAAUGUAUUGUAUAUAAUCUGUCUCUGUUAAGUUGGAAAUGAAUUGUAAAUAAGAAGGACCGAUAUUUUCUAUAAGAAGCAA